AUGUCAGGACGUGGAAAAGGCGGUAAAGGACUCGGAAAAGGAGGCGCUAAGCGUCAUCGCAAGGUUCUCCGUGAUAACAUCCAGGGAAUCACAAAACCCGCUAUCCGCCGCCUGGCUCGCCGUGGUGGUGUGAAGCGUAUCUCUGGUCUCAUCUACGAGGAGACUCGUGGUGUACUGAAGGUUUUCCUGGAGAACGUGAUUCGUGAUGCUGUCACCUACACCGAGCACGCCAAGAGAAAGACUGUAACCGCUAUGGAUGUGGUCUAUGCUCUGAAACGCCAGGGCCGCACUCUGUACGGCUUUGGUGGUUAA